AUGUUUGCCGACGACGUUAAGCUCUGGCAAGUCAUUAAGGGUCCGAAUGAUCAGAGAUCCCUUCAAGAUAAUCUGCACCGACUGAAAGCCUGGGCGAAGAAAUGGCUAUUUGAUUUCAAUGUGGAGAAGUGUGCCGUCCUUCAUCUGCGUCAAACCAACUGUUAUUCAAAUGAGAACCUGAAAACAUAUCAUCUGAAAGAUAAAGGACUCCAUGCAGAAUCUUCCCAGAAGGAUCUCGGGGUUGGGAUACAGAACAACCUGAAACCAACACUGCAGUGCCACAAGGCUGCAAACAACGUCAUGUGAGUACUGCAUGCAAUCAAAAGGACGUUCGUAAACUUUGACCAAGACCUUUUUGGGAAAGUUUGUUCGUCCCCACUUAGAAUAUGGCCUACAAGAAUGGCGGUCAUGAAUAGUAAAGGACUAAACAUGCCUCAAACGGGUACAACGUCGUGCAACAAAGCUGGCAGAUGGAAUAAAAAGCCAAUCCUAAACAGACAGACUAAAUUGCCUUAAUUUAUUCCUCCUGUGUUACAGGCAGCAAAGAGGUGAUCUUAUCCUCGUCUACAAGAUAAUACAUGGUCCUGAGUAUGGACUUACCUUUGAGGGCAUCUUUCAGUGGCACCUUUCACCCAAUCUUCGUGGUCACUCGAUGAAGUUACAGACAGCAAUGUCCAGGCUGAAUCUUCGUUCUGAAUUUUUCACGCAGAGGGUAGUGGAGAAAUGGAACGGUCUCCCUCAGGCAGUCGUGGAGGCACCGUCUCUGCAACUCUUCAAGAAACGCUUGGAUGAUUAUUUGUGUCCCCUGUUUUCCCUCGCCAGUCUGAAUCUGAACUAA